AAGGAUAAUAAAUAUAUGUGAUAUAAAAAUGUUAAAUACGAUGAUAAAGUAAUGUAUGGAUAAGUAAUAUAUUUUUUCAUGUUAAUGCUUUAUCAGUACUUGUAACUAUUAUAUUAUUGAUAACAACUCUUAUAACGCAGAGAAGAUGACACAUAUUUAUUUAUUUCUAAGCUAAGAAAUCAUUUUCCUGUCUUAAACUUUGCCUUAAACUUUAUGUUACCCUGGAUAAUUCUCAAAAUCCCUGUUAAUUAAUUUCUGAGUUUACAGGAUUUCGUCACUUGGGAUCGAUAACAGAAAUAAACCGUGAAAUACUUUGGGGACAAUAAGUAUUUAUUAUCUGUGUUGGAAAUUAAUAAUUUAACUUAAUACACUGACAUCUCGUAUAUUGAUUCCAAUUUUAUUCCAUAUAUUAAUAUAAAAUAUUAACGCAAAAAUAAUAUUUAUAAUUCUUUUCCAAUGUAAAAUUCACAUAGUUCCUAUUUACGAAGAACUAAUCAUCCCAAACAAAAAAUUGAUAUUAGAAAUCGAUUUUUCUAAAGUUACGAUUUUCCAGAGCACGUUUAACUUGAACUAUUCACAGGAGUUCAAUAUUUAAUAUGUUAUCGAACUAUUUUUAACCACCUUGCGUUCCAAUAUCCCCUCAUGAAGCGUUCGGAAUUUACGUUUCUUAGAGAAUGUCGAUGGAAACUAAGACAGAGGUUUCCUUAUACAAAAAUAACAAGCCUGUGAAUCAUAACAUAACAUAGACCGAUAAAUUUAACACUGCUCCAUUUAAACUCUAAAGAUAAACAACUGACCAACAAGCCAGGUGCUUUAUGUGGGCAUGUGUACCCCCUCCAAUCCUCUUCAGCUAAGAUCAAUAAUCCUAACUGAAGGGAGACAGUGGUUGUAUUCAGUGAGAAGGGGUGCGUGAAUCAAGUCAUUCUAUAGGUAAAGCCUGUUGCUGCUACCACAUUUCACAAGUUCGCAGAACGUGCUACAUUAAACGCCACAUUAACUGUCUACCAUAAGACUGACUACCAAUUACAAGAUUCAGUGAUGUGCUGUGGACAUAUCGAGGGAUUAUGGAUAAGCUGGCUAAUUUGACUCGUGGUAUAAACACAACAGCCCCAGUACCUGUUGUAGGACAGAAUUGUGUGUCAAAUGCAUCAAACUCUGUGUUCCUAGACAAAUCACUGGUCACUGCACCGUCAUGGAGUGCGAUACAGCAAGACAUAAGAUGGGCGUUUCUACUACACGCUUACAGCUUUGCAUGCCUCUUUUUCGUACUGGGGUUUUACACGUUCUUCUCCAUUCUAAAUUUAAGAUCUCUCAUAUCAACCAGGCCGUUUAUGUCUACGAUUAAUAUAUUCCUAUGUUUACUCGGGGCAUCCAGAGCCGCUUCCCUGUUCAUAGAUGCGUACAAUCUUAAGGAGAUUCUGCCCAAAGUCAUUGGCUCAAUUAUAUGGGACAUUGGAUAUCCAUGCAUCACGUCCGCCUUUUGUUUGAUACAACUGGCUUUCCUGCAACUGACGAAGCUGAAAUUUGGUCCAGAGAAGAUACAGAAGGAAUCCUGCCUCAGUCUCAUUAUAACAGCACACUUCUUCUUCGUAAUCGCCAGCGAUAUUGUUCUAUCCUCUCACAAUUGCUACAUGGCCAAAUAUAUGGUCCAAGCGGCAUUUCUCGUCUGGAGCAUUCUUCUUUACCUCGCGUUCCUACAUGCGGCUUACAAGGUUGAUCAUCUGCUCCGGACUAUGCCAAGCAGCAUGUUGACGCGGGACAAUUCCAAUGCGCAUCAAAAAGGUAUCAUGCAACUCGCGAUGUUGGCACCGUACAGCAAUCUGGCGACUUCGGUCGCUGCUGCGCUGGUACCUACUUUACUUGGUCCGGCUAGGAUGAAAGGCCCGGAAGAAAGUGAGCCUGCAAACGUGAAUAAAAGUACAGAAGAAGCACCCGCGGAGGAAGAAUCGCGCGUUACAAUCACCGCCAAGGUGUGCAAGGUAGAGGGACCAGUGCCAAAGGAAGUACAGAAUACUACGAUACCUACGUGCACCGUACAAUCGCCGUUGCAGGAACAACGGUCCUCGGUACCGGAAGUCUACGUUAGACCACCCACCCCUACCCCAUCGACCGCUAAUCUGCCGAUUAUAACCGUAUCCAGCCCGAGUCGUAGAAGCUCCAUGGCCAGUCGACGAGACAGCGAUACGUCCACCAAAUCAUCACGCAGGAAUUCAGAAUGUAGCGUUAGAUUUGUAAACGAUGAAAAUUCGACGGAAUACAAACGUACGACGGAGGGCAGCCCCAGACCUUUGCCAAGGAUGCGAGAGGAGUUUGAGAGGAAUCGCUCGCCCGAGAGCCCACGACGAAACUCUGAGAAUAUUACGCCGACAGGCAGCACUAGAGAGCUGAGACGAUGUUCCGAUUUUACCCACGAGAAGAAUCGUGGCUCGCAAUUCGCCGUCAAGCUCAGAAGGAAUAGCGAUUUUGGUAACAGAACGCCGAAAAGAAUGUUGCUGCCUGACGAACAUUCCAGAUUGCCCAAAGUUCUGGAUCUUAGCCCCACAGGUUCAAGACGUAAUUCCGAUAUUGGUGGUUUUAUGUCACCAACUAGAUCUGACUCGCGUAGAAAUUCCGAGAGUUCCUAUCGACGCAAUUCCGAAUUUGUUCACAUUAAGCCGUUAAUGAUAAAUCGUCGAAGCAGCGAUAUCAGUAUUAGAACUCUAGACAGGAGUCCUACGCACUUUCAGAGUAUAGUACCUAUUAAGACGGAGGUGCAGGAGAAAUCUGAAUCAGAUUCAGAUCAUCCUGAUUGCAGUGAGAAAGCGCAACUGAUGAACGAAAAGUCGAAGAGUAAAGACGAAGAGCCGAAAGUACGCAAAAAGAAUUUGUCAUGGAAUGAUAAAGCUAUUGAAGACCCGGAGGACAUUACGCCGGAGACUAACUUGCUUCCCGAAAAUACGCCUGGUGAAGCGAGAAUUAUGGGCACGGACUUUACUCUUCACUCGAUACUGAAUCACAUCGCGUACGUGAACCGAGCGAAAUCCGAUACGCCGCUGCACAUACCGGAAGCGGAUACCGCAGUUGCCAGGAAAUCUCAGAUGCAAAAAGUAUUAAACGUUACGCGCGCUACUGCGAUUUUAGGGAUCCUCCUAUGCGUCACGGAUGCCUUUCGUAUUUUUGGACCAUACGGACUCUUUGCUGAAACCGUACCAUACGGUACAGAACCAGCACCGACGCAGUUUCCCACGCCAUGGCCCUGGCUGCUGUAUCAAACAAUACCCAGGAUAUUUGAAUUUGUUAUGGGCUGCGCCAUGGCGAAUAUAACAAAACAGCCGUCAGCAAGUCCGCGACAUCAGUAUUUGAGUAAUUAUCCUAAUUAUUCCCCGCGCGUAAACCGAGGUAAUAAUCCUUACAUAUAAAGCAAUAGUUUAUCUAGCGAUAAGGGUAAUCGUAAUCCAAAAUCUAAGAUGCCAAAUAGGAAAGUUAUUCUUAAUUUCUUUUAUGGAAAUCUUGAUUACUCUUUCAAGAUUAAUGUAUUUUGUGAUGACUCCGUGAUAAUUUUCAGAAAAAGAUUUUACAUAUCUGUACAUGUAUUGUAUACAUAUUGUAUACACAUCACUCCCAGUAUUCUAAAUGUUUAUUUGACACAUUGUUUUACGAAUUGGUAACAAUUUCUAUCGGAGGAUGCAUGCGAGGGCAUCGCGAUAACCAAAUUUUUAAAAUAGUAGACUUGAAAAUUUUUAUAAGUUUUACAAUUGCACAAUUCUUGGACAAUUUUAUGCAAUUUCUUCUCUAAUUAUAUUUCUCAUGCUACUUUGUCGAUUUUUGUGAUUUCUAAGAUUCAAAAUCUUAAAGUUACAAUGUCAAAAGUUUCUUGAAAGUUUAGUUAGUGCGACCUUUUUGCAAAUUAUAUUCACCUGGUACUUUGUCAAUUUUCGAGAUUUUAAUUUCUCGAGUUUCUAGAAAUUCUUGAUUUUCAGUUAGUGCCACCUUCUUGCUGAUGUAUUCUCCUACUGGUGCUUUCACGAUUUUCGGGAAUGAAAAAUUUUGACAGCGGCCGAUGCAGAUAAUAAAAGUUACUACAUUAUCGACAAUCAAUAAUCGCAAUCUAUUUUAUCGACUGUAGCGAAUUGAUUGUAUCGUUUUAUUAUAAUUAUUGGCAAGUUUUCACUCCCACAAAAAUCAGGAAAGUAUCAAAGGAACAUAAUCAGCAAAGAGGUGGCACUAACUCACGUUCUGAGAAUCGAUAUUCCGACAAUUUCUAGCUUGGUGAACCGCGAAAAUUUAAGAUCUCAAGAGUUGACAAAAUAUCAGGAGAAUAUAAUCAGAUAGGAGGUUGCACAGGCACAUGAUAAAAUAAGAAAAGCAAAGUCUCAAAAAACUUGCUAUACAUAAAGAUACAUAGCAAUAGAUGAGCAUAACAUUCUAAACAUGAAAUAAGUGUUUAAACAGCAUCUACUAACAAAUGCAAUAGUCAAGUAGCAUUUCUAAAAACCACUUUUUAUGCGAAGUGUUCAUUCGAAGCACAUAUUCACAAAAAAAACAGAUAUCUAUUUUUUAAAUUAGAUUAGUUUCCCGAUGAAUUAAUUUAAUGACUUUUACUGUGUUCUCUCAGAAAGAUACAUAUAUAUAUUUUUUUGCUGUUAAACAAAUAUAUACAGAAUAUAUAUAUAUAUCAUUUU